UGAGGCCAUUAGCUCGCCUCACUCCACCCCCUUGCGACGAUCCUAACGUUACACAGCGGAGGAACCGUCGAGCUUCCAAAGUUGAGAGAGGAGGAGAGAGAGGAGCCCAGAAAAGAAGAGAGCUCUCUUAUUUUAUGGCAACCUCGAGCAUGGCCUCAGCGGCCUCAAGCUUUGUGUUCACGUCCAACCUUUCCACCACCACCAACACUUCCUCACGUUCCAACUCCAUCACCUUCUACAAGCCCAGCAGAAGAUUUGCGAUCCGAGCUGAAGAGGCAUCGGCGCCGCCGCCGCCGCCGGCUCCCACAAAAGAGAAUGGACCCAAGGAGGCUGCGAAGCCCCCUCCGCCACCACCAAUUGGACCGAAGAGGGGCGCAAAGGUGAAGAUCCUCAGGAGGGAAUCUUAUUGGUACAACGGCAUCGGAUCGGUGGUGACUGUAGAUCAGGACCCAAGGACUCGCUAUCCUGUUGUGGUUCGAUUCAACAAAGUAAACUAUGCAGGUGUCUCGACAAACAACUAUGCAUUGGAUGAGAUCCAGGAAGUGAAAUGAGGUCGCCUGCUUCAGUUCUGCAACCAGUCAAGUACCCAAGUCUGAAACCUGUAUAAUACCAGUCAUUGUGCACUUUUAUCUACCAACAUCUUUUAAUUUCAAAUUCCAAAUGAAUUAAGCGUCCUGGUGUAUACAUGAUCCAUCUUCACCACAUUUUCCAUUAUAUCACUGCUUGUCCUUCUAUAUUUUGUUAUUUCAUUAGUAACAGUAACUUUUGUGGCA